GAGAGCUGUUUGCCCCACCCCAUCUCUUCAACGCUAUCUAUCUCAAUGUACAAUUCCCAGAGAAAGGGGAAAAAAGCAAAUAAUACCCCAACGAAACCGAUUUUUUCGCAUUUAUUUAGAAGCAGACACGGCCUGUCAAUGAAGAAAUUGCUGUCAUAGUGGGAUUUGUUCUUAUAAACCGCCGUAUCUUCAUGUAUCUAUAUGCACAUGUAUAUCUGCCAUCCGAAUUCAAAAGGAAUACAAAGCUGAGACUGACAGCAGGCUCUACCUGCAAGAAACUGGAAAAUACCGACGGAUUUUCAUAAAUUCGCUUGAAUAGGAGGAAUCGCAACAAAUACAAGACGGAUCGGUGCCCGCAACUGGAAGGCUUACAGAUGUGAGGAGAAAUACAAAUUACAGCAACAGAAAAAAGACAGAGAAGGGCCUUUUUUAGAUUUGGACAAGCCCUGCAAGCAACCAUCAUCGCAGAGGAGGAGGAAAAAUAAAAUAAUUUCUGGGAAUAAAACAGAACAUCAGAGACUCGGUGGGAACAACGGGAUCUUUUUUACGGAUUUCAAACGAAUCACAUUAUAACGAGAGCCAGUCAAAAUGAUCCACAUGUCGUCAUUUUAGUGGAAAUAUUUAUUUUUAAUUUUUUCAGCCUCCCUUUCUCUCUCCCUCUGCUUGUCUCCGUGUGGUGGAAGACGGUUUGGAAAAAAAAACAGAAAAAUACGACGGUCAUUGAACUGUUUAUUUUUUUAGCGACAGUAAUACAUAGAAUCCUUGUUUUGUGUGACUGAUGGAUUCUCGACGAGAAAUUUGCUAAAUCCUGCUUGGAUUUCUGUUCUUCAAUGGGUUGUUUGGGCAACAGUAAGACUGAAGACCAGCGAAAUGAGGAGAAGGCACAGAGAGAAGCGAACAAAAAGAUAGAGAAACAGCUACAGAAAGACAAACAGAUAUACCGAGCAACGCACCGGCUACUACUACUAGGGGCUGGCGAGUCUGGAAAAAGCACCAUAGUCAAACAGAUGCGGAUUUUGCAUGUCAAUGGCUUCAAUGCAGAAGAGAAAAAGCAGAAAAUUCAGGACAUUAAAAAUAACAUUAAAGAAGCUAUUGAGACUAUAGUGACAGCCAUGAGCACACUGGCCCCCCCAGUCCAGCUAGCCAGUCCUGAGAACCAGUUCCGAAUCGAGUACAUCCUCAAUCUAGUGAAUCAGAAGGACUUUGAGUUCCCAUCUGAAUUUUAUGAACACACAAAGACCCUGUGGCAGGAUGAAGGGGUAAAGGCUUGCUUCGAGAGAUCCAAUGAGUAUCAGCUGAUCGACUGUGCACAGUACUUUUUAGACAAGAUUGACAUUGUGAAGCAGAGUGACUACACUCCCUCAGAUCAGGACCUAUUGAGAUGCAGAGUGCUGACAUCCGGGAUUUUUGAGACGAGAUUCCAGGUGGACAAAGUCAAUUUCCACAUGUUUGAUGUGGGGGGUCAGAGGGAUGAACGCCGGAAGUGGAUCCAGUGUUUUAAUGAUGUGACAGCCAUUAUUUUUGUGGUGGCCAGCAGCAGUUACAACAUGGUGAUACGGGAAGACAAUCAGACCAACCGCUUACAGGAGGCUCUCAACCUCUUCAAAAACAUCUGGAACAACAGGUGGCUGCGGACCAUUUCUGUCAUUCUCUUCCUCAACAAACAGGACCUGCUAGCUGAGAAGGUUUUGGCAGGGAAAUCCAAAAUUGAGGAGUACUUCCCCGAGUUUGCACGCUACAUCACUCCUGAUGACGCAACACCUGAGCCAGGGGAGGAUCCACGAGUUACCAGGGCAAAGUAUUUCAUACGUGACGAGUUCCUGAGGAUCAGCACGGCCAGCGGGGACGGCAGGCACUAUUGUUAUCCCCAUUUCACCUGCGCCGUGGACACAGAAAACAUCCGCCGCGUCUUCAACGACUGCCGGGAUAUCAUUCAGAGGAUGCACCUACGACAAUAUGAGCUCUUGUGAUGGGAGCGGACGGAAAGACAGACUCCGGCCUCCGAAACCCUUCUCCCCCCCUCCCUC